GAAAAAAAAAGCAACGAGUUGCAGUCGACUAUUUGAAGUCGAAACCUGAAACCCUGAGAACUAAAAAGUAAACUAGAAGUUCUAGAAUUUGUUUGUUUUAGACAUUCAACCAUCAUCUGACCCCACGUAAAGCUUUACCAUGAAACCAAGUGUAGUAGUCGAUGAAAUGUUCCCUGAAGGCGCUGGCAGCUACAUGGAUCUCGAUGAGCAAUCAGCUGGCCCAUCAGGCAUGAUAGUUGAUUUAACGUCAAAUGAGAAAGCUGUUCAUGGUGAUUUCUACAAUGGAUUUGCAGAUUUGUGUGAUGAUGAUGAUCUUGCAUAAGAUAACCAAAACAUAAGUUUUUUUGUGUACUCAUGAAAUGAAUGUAAUACAAUUGUGAAGUUUGCAAUAAAUACCCUUUAAGGUA